UAAACAGAAAAGCAAGGUUUAUGCGCCGGUGAAAUACUGCUGUUGUUGAAAACCUCGAUUAUUUCACUGUAAACCUGACUCGAGGAAGGCAGAGCAAAGCAUAUAUAAGAUAUCAAAUUUGAACAUUAAACAGAACAUGACAACCCUUGGUAUCCAACGGGAAUCUCUUCUAAACAAUCCACUUCUUCAAAAGAGUGAAUUAGGAAGACCUUUAAAACGUUGUUUUACACUACCACCUGAUGGUUUUACAUAUGGGAGACCUAAUCUCUACACUGGGAAUGGAGCUGCUGAAGCUCUUUGUUCAUGGAAUGUGGUGAAACCUAAGGUAGUUGCCACUCAACCAGAGGAACGUGAUUUUGUCAGAUUGAACAAGAUGGCUGUGCAAGCUGGGUUAACAUCAGCACCAGAACAGUAUCAGUUCAGAGCAACUCAUGAUGUGAAAGUAUCAUCUGCAUCAAAAGAUAGAUCAUUGAAUAAAUUGAAGAAGAUACCACCUUCUAUGGUCUUUGGUGUACCCACAAGACCUUCCACACCAGUCUUUGACCUCCUAGCACACAAAUAUCAGGACAAAUGGCUAGAGGAAAGAGAAAAAGCUGAAGAAGCUUUGAGAGCUAAACAAGACCAAAAGAAGCGUGUUGGACGGGACAUAUAUGAAACCAGAGCAUCUCUCUUAAGAAAACAUCAACCACAAGUUGAUAGUGCACCAUUAUGGCACAUGAAGAAAUUUGAAAAGAUUUCACCAAAACUUGAAACUUUCCGAACUUCAGAAGCAAAAGCGCAAGCAUUUAAACAUCACAAAUCUGACAGCACAUCAAGGAAAGGAGUCUUUGGUCAUGGUGUUUAUGAAACAGCUAAAACAUAAUAUGACAGACCUACAUAGACAAUUUAUAUAAAACAGAACAGAAAACUUCAUGUUUAUAUGUAGAAAUACAAAAUAUGGAAAAAAUUGAAGGGCAAAGCAGUUAGAACAAACAGUAUAUUAUAUAGGGUGUGUGUGUAAAUAUUUUUAUAAGCUGUAUGUUGUAGUACAGAAAUA